AAAUUAUGGAGAAUCUCACCGGGAAUGGAUUAAAGUUUUCAUUUGCAAGGAAUAGCAGUUAUGUUAUUCCAGGAGUUUAUGAUUUGAGUGUUGAGGAUACAAAUUGGGUCCUAACGUCGUCCUUCAUCAUCUUCACCAUGCAGACAGGUUUCGGAAUGCUGGAAUCAGGCUGCGUUAGCGUGAAGAAUGAAGUAAAUAUCAUGAUGAAGAAUGUGAUCGACAUCGUCCUCGGAGGAUUCACGUAUUGGCUCUUUGGGUAUGGGAUGUCCUUCGGACGAGGACCCCUCACGAAUCCCUUCAUUGCCAUUGGGGACUUCUUGAUUGAUCCGAGUGUGGGAGAUCCCCUCAUGGGACCCAUCUUUGCUGCCUUCCUCUUCCAAUUGUCCUUCUCCACGACAGCUACAACCAUCGUGAGCGGUGCCAUGGCGGAGAGGUGCAACUUUAAGGCUUACUGCAUCUUCUCCUUCCUCAAUACGGCAGUUUACUGCAUCCCAGCAGGGUGGGUGUGGGGUGAACAUGGAUUCCUCAAUAAUUUAGGCUGCGUGGACAUUGCCGGGAGUGGCCCGGUUCAUCUAAUCGGUGGAUCAGCGGCUUUUGCAUCGGCAGUGAUGCUGGGACCACGAAUGGGACGCUAUGAAGAUGGUAUUGCCCCCCUGCCGCUGGGGAAUCCCGUGAAUGCCUGUAUGGGGCUCUUUGUGCUCUGGUGGGGCUGGUUGGCCUUCAAUUCCGGCAGCACGUAUGGCGUGAGUGGGACCAAGUGGCAGUACGCAGCCCGAGCAGCUGUGAUAACAAUGAUGGGAUCUUUCGGUGGAGGUACCUUCAGUGUUUUGUUCUCAAUGUUCAAGAAUGAUGGACGAAUGGAUGUUGUGGAUUUAAUAAAUGGCAUCCUGGGUGCAUUAGUAUCCAUCACAGCUGGUUGCUUCCUCUAUCAUGCAUGGGAAGCAAUAAUAAUUGGGGUGAUUGGAUCCAUUUUGACGUGCGUAACAAUGCCGCUGUUUGAUAAAAUGGCCGUGGAUGAUCCCGUUGGGGCUUCUUCGGUGCAUGGGGUGAGUGGAAUUUGGGGUGUAAUAGCUGUGGGACUCUUUGCGGACAAUCCCAUCCCAUUGACAACGACAAAUGGACGUAGUGGACUCUUCAAGGGUGGCGGAUGGUACCUUCUUGGGGUGCAGUGCUUAGCUGCUCUUUGCUUGUGUGUCUGGGGUGUCCUGUCAACAUUCCUCCUUCUCUGGGUUAUCAAUAAGAUCGUCCCGAUUCGCAUGGAAGUCAACGAGGAGCUCCUUGGGGCGGAUUUAAUGGAACAUCAUGUCCGCCAUGGACAAAUUGGCAUCUCUCGUGCUCUCUCAGCUCUGGCGCCACUUCGAUCGCAGCUCACUGAAGAGAAGGAUGUGGCGAGGAUUGGGAUGAAUCCCGGACAUGAUCGCUACAUUGAAACACUCAAAUUGGCUGAGAUGAAACUUCAAUCGUGGCGUGAUUAUGGCGAAGAGAAGGUACGGGAGGCGAGUGCAAAGAAAUCCUCUCAUCGAAGAUUCUCCAACUUGGCCAGAGCUGUACCAAUCUUUCGACGCAAAACCCGCACUGAGGGGGAGAUUUCAACAUCCGAUGCUCCACGGGGGACAUUCUCAGUGAGUCAGCAAGUGGGUGAGUCAAGUGGAAAGGAUAAUCCGAAUUUUGCAUGGGUGGAUUGAGAUUCAUUUUUUUCUUUGAAUUUCUUCUCUAUUAUAUUGUAAUGUAAUAAUAAUAAUCUCCUAAACUCACCACCUUUAUUUUUUUGUAGAGCAAUUAACAAUUUACACAACAUUCUUCGCGUAAUAUUUUAUAGAUAAAUUGUCUAUAAUUAAAAAAAUAAUUUAAUA